AUGCUAACAAUCGUGGAAGAUCUUAGCGGUGAACAAGAGCUCUUUCCCAUGUUAGAGGCUCCUACGUGGAGAAACAACGCAGCCCCAGCGAUUGGCUCAACCCUCCCCCUACACUCCUCUUUCUUAAUUCACCAGUUGCUAUUGAUCCGCUUCAUCGUCCUUUUGGGCUGGCAAAUGUUCCUGAUGAUCUACUUCAACUGCCAAGUCGUUCGAUCGACACCAUGCUACGCAGCUGUUGCACGGAUCGGGCCAUUCAUUACGUCUCAACGAUUUACCAGUGGAGCGACAAAGAAGGAACAUCCAAAAGCGUUCACUUUAUCGAACGUUGUCAAGAUGAGCACCUCAACGCUGUAUCGUAGCGAAACGCUUGGUUGGCUGGCGACACAACCCUGGAAGACAUCCAGGACGACGAGCAAGGACGACUCAGCUGCAGAGAAUGUCUCGCCUCACGACUCGGCACCAAAGACUACCGUGAGCGACACAAAGCAGGAAAUUGCUCGAUCUGAAGAAGUAGUGACAGUCUGGCCGCACCUGUGGUAA